ACUCCACUACUGGCCGUAGUUUUAUAUAGAACCGAAAUGGCUAAAAACAAUUUAACAUGCAAGUAGUAUACAAUCCAAGAAGCAGACGAAAAAAAUUGUUGUCAUGACGAUCGCGAGAUUUGACACGUCCAAUCAGCUGUACAAGAAAAGCGGAGUUACCCGACAAAUGUCAGAUUAGGUCGAAAGUUUAUUCCUUUCUAUCCAACAAAUACAAUAACGGUACUUGUGGCAAUUGAGAAAAAGUAUGGAAGUGUGAUACGGGUUCACACUGAGUGUGAACGCUUCCCUCGAGAACGAUGAUGGAUCCGUGUUGUUUGGAAAACGUUGCAAUUUCUGAAGUGAAUGAUAAAACAGUACUAAACGAACUAAAUGUAAUCCCUGAGAACGUGGUUCCAAAUGGGACACAUCCAGAUUCAGAUGGGUCAGCUCCGGUUAUUUAUGACAUAAUGGUAGAGAAACCCCAUGAUGUGUCAGCUGGAUCUGAUUUUUCAGAUGUCAUUAACCAAGUAGAUUUGCCUCAAAGUGAUUACGAAGAAAGGUAUAAUAGUCUGCUAGAAGAACAGAAUAAUUUCCAAAAAGAGAUUUUGGAAUUGAGAAGCCAUCUUAUUAAAAGUGAAGAAUAUUGGCAACAGCAACUUGCAAAGUUGAAAACUGAAUAUGAAUCCAAAUUAUCCAAAGUCCAGAAGGAAAGAGAUUCCAUGGUGGUCAAAUAUGCACACAGCGAGAAAGAAGUCAUUGUCGCUCACAACCAGAGAGAUUCCAUGGAGAAGAAAAUGAAAGAUGCAAUCAAAGAACGGGAUGUCUUGCUUGAAAAGAUCAAAGGAAUGAAUAAUGAAAAAACCAAAAUUUGCAAUAUGUUGGAAGUUAAGUCCAAUGAGUACUUCGCCUCCCAAAGAGAAGUUGAUCGACUAAAAGAAGAAGUAAAUUCCAGAGAGAUCAAACUCCGUUGGGGCCAAAACAAGCUAAAAGCUGAAACAGAAAGUCAUCAGGAAACACAAUCAAAAUAUGAGAAAAGCGUGCAGCUGAUCAAACAACUUAAAGAUGAAGUUGAAGAACUUAAGCGUAGCUGUAACGACAUGAAGUCGAAGCAGAAUGAUGCCAAAGCAAUCAACGACGCCCAUUUACUCGAAGAAAAAGCGCGCCUUAUUAUGGAAAAACAAAGCUUGGAGGAGAAAACUGCCGGCUAUAAAAACGCCCUUAAAGAGUUCGAGAUGGUAAAAACUAGACACACGCAACUAGUUGAAGAAAAUAGCAGCCUUUUAUCCAAACUACAAGUUAUUCAGAAAGAGCGAUCGGAACAGGAAGACAACAUCAACCAAUUAAAAGAACAAGUCUCUCAACAGCGAGAUUCUCUGAUUCAAGCUCAAACCAAAUUGGCCGAAAUGGAUGGAGUGCAAACACAGUUAGAAUUCCAAAGGCAAAGAGACUCAAAACACCAGGAAGAGCUUGACUUCAUCAAGCAAUCUAAUAUAGAUUUAGAGGAGGAUAUGCAAAGAUGCCGGGCAAAAGAAAGUGAACUUCUUGAAUUCACUCAACGACUUACUGAAACCAACGUUCGGCUCCAGUCAGAAUUGGCCACCGUCCACGAGGAGGCCCAAUUGUUGAAAACUCACAGGGAUGAAAUCCUUGCCAAGUUGGAGGAAGCCGAGCGCAAGUGGAAGAAUGCCAAGCUCGAGUUAACACACGAGCAAGAGAACCGGAAUGGCGAAGCGACCGCCUGGGCACGUACUGUCUCGGAGAAAUCUCGGCUUUGCGAAGAUUUGCAAACACAAGUCCGUGAACUACAGAACGAGCUGGCAUCGGUCCGUAGAAAGCACGCCAUUAAUCUCAAGGAAUUAACACGGGAGUUGAGGGUCACAAAGAAACGGCUUGAUCACAUUGAAUCGUCAUCGGCAAACGCCAAUGCUACCCACAACAAUGAUGGAACCAGUUUGGGUUCAAGGACGAGUUCGAACACGUCCUUAAAUACCACAGGCAUCGAACAUCGAACUCCAGAGCAUUCGCCUUCGCCUACUCCUGCUUCGGUCAACAUGUCGCCUGACUGGGAGCGAAGUGCCCUUUUUGAAAAAAUGGUCCGCGUCCAACGUGAUAAUGCUCGAAAGAGCGAGAAGAUCGAUUUUUUAGAAGAACAUGUGCAAGACCUUCUGGCCGAAGUCAAGAAAAAGAACAGAAUCAUCCAAUUCUUCUUUGCGAAGGAGGAUGCAGGAUCGCUGGCUAGUGAGGCUAGUGAUCGACACAAGGACAUGAAGUUGAUGUAUCAGGCUGAAAUGGCCAAACACGGUGGAAUCAUGUCGUCCAUGUACAAUUUGAAGAGCCUGGACAACGGUCUGAGCUUGGAACUGUGUAUGGAAAUCAAUCAGAAGCUGCAGAGUGUCCUGGAAGACACGCUUUUGAAAAACAUAAUGCUUAAAGAUAAUUUAAGCACAUUAGGUGCUGAAGUAGCUAGGAUAAGCCAACAAUAUCAAUCGCUAUUGCAACAACAAAAGCAACCAUAAACGCGUCAAGUGCAAAUGAAACGAAGAUGACUCUUCGCAUCGCGGCAUCUCAUCGUUUUGACAGAUUAUUUAUUUUGUCAAUUAUUUUUUAAUGUAAACAUAUUAUUUCUUUUUAAAUAGGUUAACUUAAAUCAGACUACUAUUUCUAUAACCACUAUCCAUUAUGUUGUCGUUAUUGUUGUUGAUGUUGUUGUUAAA